GGCCUCCCCGGGCGCAGCGCACUCCCCGCCGGCCGCAGCCUGACACGCCGCGCGGCCCCCCAGUCUCCCGCGGCCGCUCCCCCAGGCAUGGCACAGGGCCUCGCCUCACUAUGGCAGCAGCACGGCACAGCACGCUCGACUUCAUGCUCGGCGCCAAAGCUGAUGGUGAGACCAUUCUAAAAGGCCUCCAGUCCAUUUUCCAGGAGCAGGGAAUGGCGGAGUCGGUGCACACCUGGCAGGACCAUGGCUAUUUAGCAACCUACACAAACAAGAAUGGCAGCUUUGCCAAUUUGAGAAUUUACCCACAUGGAUUGGUGUUGCUGGACCUUCAGAGUUACGAUGGUGAUGCGCAAGGCAAAGAAGAGAUCGACAGUAUUUUGAACAAAGUAGAAGAAAGAAUGAAAGAAUUGAGUCAGGACAGUACUGGGCGGGUGAAACGAUUACCACCCAUAGUGCGAGGAGGAGCCAUCGACAGAUAUUGGCCAACCGCUGAUGGGCGCCUGGUUGAAUAUGACAUCGAUGAAGUGGUAUAUGACGAAGAUUCACCUUAUCAAAAUAUAAAAAUCCUACACUCGAAGCAGUUUGGAAAUAUUCUCAUCCUUAGUGGGGAUGUUAAUUUGGCAGAGAGUGAUUUGGCAUAUACCCGGGCCAUCAUGGGCAGUGGCAAAGAAGAUUACACUGGCAAAGAUGUACUCAUUCUGGGAGGUGGAGAUGGAGGCAUAUUGUGUGAAAUAGUCAAACUAAAACCAAAGAUGGUCACUAUGGUAGAGAUUGACCAAAUGGUGAUCGAUGGGUGUAAGAAAUACAUGCGAAAAACGUGUGGCGAUGUCUUAGACAAUCUUAAAGGAGACUGCUAUCAGGUUCUAAUAGAAGACUGUAUUCCGGUACUGAAGAGGUACGCCAAAGAAGGGAGAGAAUUUGAUUAUGUGAUUAAUGAUUUGACUGCUGUUCCGAUCUCCACGUCUCCAGAAGAAGAUUCCACAUGGGAGUUUCUCAGACUGAUUCUUGACCUCUCAAUGAAAGUGUUGAAACAGGAUGGGAAAUAUUUUACACAGGGGAACUGUGUCAAUCUGACAGAAGCGCUGUCGCUCUAUGAAGAACAGCUGGGGCACCUGUAUUGUCCUGUGGAAUUUUCAAAGGAGAUCGUCUGUGUCCCUUCAUAUUUGGAAUUGUGGGUAUUUUACACUGUUUGGAAGAAAGCUAAACCUUGAAGAUCAAUAGCCCCUAAUCACAUGUGCUGCAAAUAGCCUUCCUGACCUCCAUAUGCUGUACAUGACAUCGAAAUGAGUCAGGCAAUUGAUUGUGAAUUCCGUAAAGUUUUCCUUUGUUUUAAUAAUUAUUUUUAAUUUAAACAAGCAAAUGGCAAAUGUAUAUUUUGAUGAGCUUAGGGUGUUAUUUUUUUUUGAAAGUCAGCUGAAGGAUGGUUAGACAGCACAGCGAAGACUGCUAAAUGCACUGACCUCCCCUCCCCCCGCCAUUAGAAUGUGAUUUUUGUUCCUUUUUAUUUCUCUGUGGGCUUUUGUUUUUGUUUUUGUUUUCGUAGAUCUUCAAUUUGGAUAUUUGGAGGAGUGAACAUCGUUGUUUUGCUGGAGGGAUGAUCUUGAUGGUGUUUCUUUCCCUAAAAAUUGACUUAGAUAUUAAAAUUUGGUGCUUAUAAGAGAGAGUUAAAAAAAAUAAAUAGGAUUGCUUCAAUUAAAAUUACAAAAGAGACA